AUGGCGCGAACGCUUCCGAAAAAGAACAACCCUCUUAUCCAGGCGGCUGAGGCGCCUGCCUAUGAGGAACUCCUGGCGCGCCGUCGCUUGGGAAAGACAAAUCUCGCGGUCAAGCCAACUCAGGUUGGCACCUCGAAUGCGACAAAGCCCGAAAACCUCGGACCUUUCGAAUAUGCUCAUCUGCGCGCCCCGUUGCCCAGGGAUCUCAAAGGCUCUGAAAUCUUCCCAUCACACUCGCCCCAGCAGCACCCGGAAACAUACUUCCUGAUGCGACGGAGCAAGGAUGGUUAUGUUAGUGCCACGGGUAUGUUCAAAAUCGCCUUCCCAUGGGCGCGCUUGGAUGAGGAACGGUCCGAACGUGAAUAUUUGAAAUCCCGAGACCAGACCAGCGAAGACGAGAUUGCUGGGAAUGUUUGGAUCUCGCCCGUACUAGCCCUUGAACUCGCGAGAGAGUAUCAGAUGUAUGACUGGGUUCGGGCCCUGUUGGAUCCCACCGACAUCGUGCAAAGUCCAUCCAGUGCAAAGAAACAGAUCACGCUGCCACCCCGAUUCGACCUGCCGCCGAUUGAAGCCCCGCCCCAGCUUUCGGCGCCUUCACUACGGGCCAGAAGCCGCCGAUCGGCCUCGCCGAGCAAAAAGGCCGGCUCUCCACGCAAGUCGCGACAGACUAGGGCCAUGAAGGAAGCCACCGCGGCGGCAACCAGCGAAGCGAACGCGAAUCUCCAAUCGUCACUGGACGCCACAGCGCAUCUGGGACCAGCCAAUGGCGUCAUUCAACCAAGUGUAGAGAACGACGAGGAGCAAGUGGAGACCCCCUCGAAAUCUGCCACCACUUCUAAAAAGUCCGACGUGACAUCCAAGACAAAGAAGUCUACCAAGUCCGCUCGACGUGCGGAGUCACCGGCCGACGAGAAAGUCAAGGUGGAAGCUGAAAGCAAUGCUGAUGCCAACAAGGAGGGUCGAACCUCGCAGACUACCGUUUCCGUUGAACUGCCCAUCACCCUCCCGGAGGCCCCAUCUGCAGAAGAGACAAAGAAAAUGAUCACCCAGGCGAAGGAGAUGGUCAAGGAGGCCGUCAAGCUUCAAACUACCGAGAAGGAGCCGGCCGAAUCAUCAAUAGCGGCAGCAGCCAAGAAGCGCAAGACUGAUGCGCUCAGUGACAAUGAGGAGGAUGAGGAAACAAAAGCCGCCUGUCUCCUACGUGUAAAGAGAGCCAAGGUUUUGGAAGAGAAGCUGAAGCGCGAGCGAGUGAGGAACCGUGCCCUUGUUGGCGUGACGGCUGCUUUUGCACUGGCAGCCUCGAUUCCUUACUUUUUCUAG